CCCUUUUAAACUUAUAAUCUUUAUUUUUAAUAUUUUUAAACAUUUUUUAAUCAUUUUUAUAUACUGAAAUUAUAAUAAUCAGAAAAGACAAAUUAAAUGACCAUAUUGCCCUCUCUUUAAGAAUCAUCUUCAACACACGUCGUUUUAGAAUUGAGCCUUCUCCAAAAACAUUAGCCUCUCUGCCAUCUCAGCCCCUGGUCGUCGUCUUCAUCCUCUUAGACUUUGGUACAUGAAACAACUAUAUAUAAACACUUGAUAUAAAACCUAACACAUGUUUAUGCUAAUUUCCACAUUGGAUACUUAAUGAUUAAUCUGAGCCAACAUCAACCUGGCAUCUUUACUGUUGGACCUUUCUUACAGAAGCAAGCAAUCUUAAGAAGAAGAAGCAUCUGUUCCUCAUAACCAUUCCCCAAAAGCUUCGGAUCAACUGCUUGUUUUGGAUCCUCCGAAGUCAUCACAUUUCUCAUACAUUCCACCAAACUCAUCUCAGAUGUCCACCGAAAAAAUUCAUCCGCAGGAAGCUUCCCCAUCACCAGAAUUGCCAAUCAUAUCCCAAAACUGUAGAUAUCACGUUUAUCGGUAAACUUCAUAGUAUGAUGAUACUACGGUGCUAUGUAUCCUAAAGUUCCGACGACAUUUGAACUCGUCAUGUGAAUAUCGGCAUCUGGGAUUGAUUUCGCAAACCCAAAAUCAGCUAUCCGGGCUUCCAUGUUGUCAUCAAGAAGUGGAAGUAGGUACCGGUGUCUGAUUUGGCCAAUUCACACUUGUAUACUUCUCCACACCCACCUUUUCUGAUGAUUUGUAGGGAUGCAACUCUGUCGUCUUUCUCAAGAAAAGUGAGUUUUUCGGCUUUAAUAAGUUGACUGAAAAUGGCGAAGGUGUGCCUUUGAUCUUAUUCAAAAUCAUUUAAUUUAAAGAGUAUUGUUACCAUGGUUCCGCAUAUAAUCCGAUUGCAACAAAUAAUUGGCGAGAAGUCAGAAAAAAGAAAUGAUCGUGCUAAGGGUUAAAGAUGAUCAUGGGUUAAAGAUGAUCGUGCUAAGAAAUACCCCAGGGAGAUGAUCAUGGGUUAAAGAUGAUCGUGCUAAGAAAUACCCAGGGAUUACUGUGAUUUAGAAGGCAAGGGUAUUAUGGUUCAUUUGUUUAUUAUUAUUAUUAUUAUUAUUAUUAUUAUUAUUUUUAAUGUUUUUAAAAUAUUAAAAAGGAUUAUCAAAUAAUAAAAACUGUUUAAAAAAUAGAUUUGGGUAAAUCUCAUAUUUUAAAACAUUAAGAAUAACAAAUAUGAUAUUUAGAGUUUAGAUCGGACAAAUACGAUAUUUAAACGUUUAAUAAGGGUAUAUACGAAAUUCCCCUAUUUUAAAAAACACAAUUUUUUCCAAAAUAGCACACAUGCAAGAAACACGCAGUUUGAAACUUUGCGGUUUUUAGAUUCCUGGGCUCCAAAUGAUAAAAGUGUAAAGAGACAAAUCUUGAGCUCAACAUCAAGUUUUUAUUUUUUUGACUCCAAUGUAAGCAAGGAAGUUGAUUCAGCUAUAUACCUGGACUACCACUUUAUUCCAUUUUCUAACAUGUAUUUAAACCCAACCAAGGUUACCCUCAAAACCAAACUACCAAUAGCCUCCUCACCUUUCUUCCAUCAAAAUGGACCAAUAGAUGCUUGUCCACUUACACCAACAAAUUACCAUCAUCUAACUGUGACAAACGGCCCUUAACACCCACCAACCCCUUAACAACCACCAAUCCAUUAACAGGAACUACUUCAUCAAUGAACCCAAUGCAGCAGCAACAGCCACAUCUAGUGGCUCAACAGCUACUGGAUCUCUCAAGCAAACCAUUGCAGCAGUUAAUGGGUCUCAGAAACAAGCCCAUGAUGAACUCAAUGGCAAAUCCUAUGAUGAACCCAAUGGUGAAUCCAAUUGCGAACACAAUGCAUACCACCCGGUUGCACAACCAGAUGGCGACAUCUGUACACAAUCCACUGGUGCAUCAACAAAACAGAAGUAAAAGGAACUCCAUUUUUAGUGCUUCGGAUGACAAUGUGAUCAUGAAGCAAGUGCUUGAUACUCAUCUCCCUGAUGGCACUGAUGUUGAUGUCAAACCACUUCUCGACAUCGUGGAAGAUAUACUCCGAUAUGCCACCAUUAAUUCGGCUGAGCAUACAGAUGUGGGAAAGGUCGAGGGCAAACUGGGCAGCAAACCCCACGAAAUGAACACUGUUGUGAUGCCUAACUCAUUGUCACAUGUAAUCGAAAAACUUGCUUCCGAGAUGUCCUUGAGGUGCUUAAGUGUCGGGGAUGGACACACAACCGCUCUCGCCCUAUUUCACAUGGUAGGAAACUUCCACUGGGAUGCAAAACUGGUGUUGACACUUGCGGCUUUUGCUCUCAACCAUGGGGAUUUCUGCCUUCUAGCUCAAAUCUAUUCAUCAAACCAACUUGGAAGUUCCAUGGCUAUUCUAAGACAAGUUCCAAUGAUCAUAGAGAAUUCAGCCUCUUUGAAACCUCGAUUUGACAUCCUAAAUAAACUCAUUCGCUCUGUCCUUGAAUUAACUCGAUGCAUCAUGCAGUUUAAAGAGCUUCCAUCUAUGUAUGUUACUCCUGAUGUGCCAACCAUGGCUAAAGCUUUGAAUACUCUACCCACUGCUGUUUACUGGAGUUUUAGAGGGAUUGUUUCUUGUGCUGCACAGAUUACAAGCAUCACUAGCAAGGGACACGAGUAUGGGAAAUCAUCCUUGGAGUUGCAGUCAUGGGAACUCUCCACCUUAAUCUUUAAGAUUAAUAACUUACACGAGUUUCUCAAGAAACAACUCGUAGAUUGUCACCGUGUUGUAGGAGAGAGAAGGGAGAUGGAUUUCAGGAACUCAUUCAAUAAGCUAUUUGACACAGUCCAUAUCGACAACAUGAAAAUCCUCAAGAUCUUAAUUAGUCCAAGAGAUGACAAUCUGCCACUUUUCGAUGGCGCGACUAAGAAAAGGGUCAGCCUAGAAGUUCUUAGGAAAAGAAAUGUGUUGUUGCUGAUAUCAGGGCUAGACAUGUCUAGCGAUGAGCUGUCCAUUCUUGAGCAAAUUUACAGUGAGUCACGAAUUCAAGGAACAAGACUGGAUGCUUUGUAUGAGGUUGUAUGGAUGCCUAUUGUGGACCCCUCGAUAGAGUACACUGAAGCAAUGAACAAACAGUUUGAAGAGAUGAAGAACAGGAUGCCAUGGUUCUCAGUGUACCAUCCUUCCAUCAUUGAUAGGGCAGUCAAAAGGUCAAUUGGUGACAGGUGGCACUUUAGGAGCAAGCCUAUACUCGUAGUGUUGGACCCACAGGGAAGGGAGUUGAGCCCCAAUGCAAUUCAUAUGAUGUGGAUUUGGGGAAGCAAUGCAUUCCCUUUCACAAGUGCUAGAGAGGAAGCCUUGUGGAGGGAAGAAACUUGGAGGCUUGAGUUGCUAGUUGGCAUGGACCCCACCAUUCUUAACUGGAUAAGAGAAGACAAAUACAUCUUUUUGUAUGGAGGGGACGAUAUGGAGUGGAUUCGCAAAUUCACAAACAAUGCAAGAGCCAUGGUAGUUGCUACACGCAUCCCAUUAGAAAUGGCGUAUGUUGGAAAAAGCAAGAAAAGGGAAAAUGUUCGUAGCGCGAUUACCACCAUCAAGCAGGAAAUACUUAGUUACUCCUGGCAAGAUACCACUCUGAUUUGGUUCUUCUGGACACGAAUUGAGAGCAUGUUGUUCUCCAAGCUUCAGCUUAAGAGUGAUGAUGAUCAAGACCCUAUAAUGUUACAAAUCAAGAAACUACUAAGCUAUGAUAAGGAUGGAUCAUGGGCUUUGCUGUGUAGAGGAUCACAGAUUCUAACUAAUGGACAUGGAUCCACCAUGUUGGAGACCCUUACUUACUUUGAUCUAUGGAAGGAACAUGUCCCUACAAGGGGUUUUGAUUUGUCAUUUACAGGCUAUCAUGACAAGCUUCAUGUUGCAGCGGGUUACUGCUGUCGAUUCGAGUUUCCUAUUACAGCAGGUAGAAUCCCUGAAGGCAUGCGUUGCCCUGAGUGUCAUCGAUUGAUGGAGAAAUACACUGCUUUCCUUUGUUGCCACGAUCAAACUGGCCUUCUUGAACCCUAUUGAACAACUGCUAUUCAUAGCAACUAAACUGGCACACUCUACUCUGAUGCCAGUAACUAUUACUAAGUGAUUAAUAAACAGCGGUAUGUGAAUGUUGUUGUACUAUGAUAAGAUUGUAAUGUGUGAAGUCAGAAGUGUGUGGUCGUUAUUACUUGAGUGUAUCCUGGUGGAUCUAAACUGCAUUAUGGGUUAGAACCACUAUGUAAUAAAAAUGUUUAUGAAUCUUAUUAUAAGGUCGUUGUUAUAUGUAUUUGAUAUUGAC